UGUACACUGUUACAGGGAGGCUGCUUGUUCUGAGAGUAGAGUUUCUACUUCGUUGCUGAAUAAGGAAACCCUUCAGAUGACGAAGUGCUCUUACUUUGGAACAACACAAGAGGAUAUCAAGAACAACCUGGAUUCAGUUAUUUUAAGUAGCUUCAGUUAUGAGUAUUUGUCAAAACCAAAGUGAUCCUGACCAUCUCCAUGGAUUUCUUAAUUCAAACCAGUAUCUUCUCAACCAGAAAAACCACAUCAGGCCCAGAGCCCAGCGGUGAUGCUGGCGAUGCAGCACUACAACUCCUCGGGCAUUAUCAGCCCCUUUCCCCCCUCUAACAACACCACCAUGGGGCAGCCUGGGGUCGAUUCCCGAGUAUAUAAUAAUGCCACCCGUAACACUCCCACCAGUGCCAUCUUCUCCAUGAGUCUGGGCAUCCUGUUCAACGUGGUGGCUCUCAUCAUUCUCGCCAAGGCUUACAACCGCUUCCGUCGGCGGUCAAAAGCCACUUUCCUCCUCUUUGCCAGCUCUCUGGUGGCAACAGAUCUGGCAGGACAUGUUAUUGCUGGAGCCUUCGUACUGGGGAGAUAUUCAGCUGAUUCUCCAGAUAAUACUCAGAGUCCGGAUACCCGUUGUCUGUUUCUGGGAGGUUGCAUGGUGUUCUUUGGCCUGUGCCCUCUAUUCCUGGGCUGUGCCAUGGCCGCUGAGCGCUGUCUGGGUGUCACCAAGCCUUUGCUGCACGCUCGUCUGGUGACCACAGCACGGACAAAGAUGGCACUGACCCUGAUCUGGCUACUGGCUUUAUUUGUGGCCCUUCUACCCUUCUUCAGCCUGGGUACCUACACUUCCCAGUACCCGGGGACGUGGUGCUUCAUCAGGGUGAUGGAGAACACUGGAGUGACAGAUCUGGUUUUUGUGAUGCUGUUUUCUGGACUGGCUUUGAGCUCUCUGGCCCUGGCCUUUGUGUGCAACACCAUCAGUGGGAUCACGCUAGUGAGAGCCCGCGUAAUGAAAAGGUCCUGCUCCCAGCACCGCUCGGCCAGGUCCCAUGACACUGAGAUGGUGGUCCAGCUGGUUGGCAUCAUGGUCACCUCCUGCAUCUGCUGGAGCCCUCUGCUGGUCUUUGGACUGAUAUCAGCCAUACGGUCCUACAGCGGCUCCAUGAGCAGUGACAUCAACACUUACCAGGGCCUGAUGAUGACGGGUGUCAGGAUGGCAACCUUUAACCAGAUCCUGGACCCGUGGGUCUACAUCCUGCUGAGACGCGCCAUCCUCAGGAAGAUCUAUCGCAUCACUAAAAGGCAGGCCAGCUUAAAGGGAACCAUCUUCCGCUCUGUUCGCUGGGAUGUUAGCUCCUUUCAGAACGCAGAGAAAAACGGUAUUAAUAACAUUUAAAUGGACUCUUACAGGAAGAAGAGAGAUGUGUAAGCUAUAAUUUUUUACUGUCACCUGCCAGCAGGAUCCCAGCUGAGCCCAGCAGUCUAUCAUCUGGAUCCAAAUUCAAUGUUAAAAGGUCCCAAAAAGUUAUUGUUCUUGGCUGGUGGGAAUGAGCACCUGGUUUAUGUCUAUGAAGGAUUAUAUGGUAGGAGCUAAAGUUGAAACAUGUUCCAGAUUUGAAAGCUCAAUGAUCAGCUAAUGAUAACAAAUUGAAUUGUUGUAUGUAUGAACACAUUAUUAAAAAGGAAAAAUGUUUAUCAGAAUACAACACAGUCCAAUAUGUUUGCAUGGCGGUCUGUCCUCUAUGAGAACAGAUGUAAAUAAAAAAGAUUUUGUCAGUUGGAGUAUAAUGUGCUAACAUUUUGUUGAAGUGAAGACUGUAUCUAGUCUUAAAGCAAACAUCUCAACUCAAAAGUUUUUUUCUGUAAAAGUGUCAUUUUGUUGUCUGUCAUAAUGUAAAAGUCAAUGACUUGUGUAAGUGCUCAUAUAAGAGCGCAAAAGAAAAGGUUGUGCUUUUACCUCAGCUUGAAGAUGUGAAAAACACUCUGUGUGUCCAAUGUAGUGCUGUGACUGUGAAGUGUGUCUUUAUUGUGCGUUUGUGAAUGUAUCUACAGUAUUUUCCCAGAGUGCCUGGGGACUGAAGUGAAUAUUGUUAAGAAAAGGGAAUGUAAGAUUACAUAAAUGGUUAUAUGUU